GUGCCAUCAGUUAGUCCACGGUGGCCAUGACUUGGAGAUUUCACGCUGUUAGACUCUCCCCGGUCGGAUUAUCUUGUAGAAAUACAUUAUACUCAUGUAGUUACAGAUCUACCUCCAGACUAUUCUUGUGCACUCAAGCAGGUAGGCAGAAGAUUGUCUUGAGUCCGAAUUGCAGCUUAUCAACUUCUCCUAUUCGCUUUAGAAGAUUGCCACCACUAGUGUAAACCCACGGCACGAUGUGCUACUGCCGCUAGUCUCUUUGAGUUUUGGCUUCAGGCAAACAUAAGCAGGAUCAAUUUCCACAGACAGCACAAGGAAUAAGAAGCGGAUCCGAAGAGCAGCGAGUCUGUUGUGUGCAGUGCAGAAACACUGCACUGUACUACAGGGAUGACGAUGUCGCGUCGUCAUAGCGUUCUCAUGCUCCUCCCCGAUACCUGGACGAGGAAAUACCGAGAUCGAAUGGAGAGCCGAUGGGUGACUGUGCACUCAGGAAGCCUGCUGAAAUGCCCGUCGAAGAAGAGCAGAGUACGAAAGAAGUGGCGACAGCGCUGGUACGUGCUGGUUAGCUGUAGUGGAGGCACAACUGUAGAGCUGCACCACUUCGACAGCGCCAAGCAAGCCAUGCGCGGCGGGAGUAACCACGGCGUACGGUCCCCCAGCGCCAUCAACAGCGACACCGUCGAGCAGGUGGCGGCGCUCUUCUCGCACCCGAAGCACGACAACGUCCUGUGCAUUCGACUCAAGGAUGAGCGGGAGGUCUACCUGGCGGCUCAGUCCAGCGAGGACAUGGAUGCGUGGCACACCGUGCUGUCGGAUAGAUUCAAGCAGCGCAAGGUUUGCCUGAAGGUUCAGUGGCAGUACCAGGACGAUCUCGGCGACUGGUGUAACUACAGUGAGGGAGCAACCAGCAAGCUGGAGGACAUGCGCCGGCGGGGAGUCACCCUCUUCCAGCUGGACAAACAGUACUCCGGUGCCACCAAAACCUACUGCAUCUACCUGGACGACAUGAUCCAGGCUAGUCCUCGCAGUGGCACCAAGCGACUCAUUCAACGACUAACAACACUCAUUCCAGCCAAGAAGCAAAGCGCAACCUCCCAAUCGACGCAUUCUUCUGCCGUCACUUACCGAUACGGCAACUCACUACCCAGUGGCAAACCAUGCACCGCUGCAGCUCGCAAGUCCUCACCCAUACCAGCAGUACGUGGCGGCAUUGACACAGAAGACCGUCGGGAAAGCAAUGCCGAAGGAAGCGACAGCGAUGCUGAUGAUAACAGUGAAGAUAUAUCUGUAGAUGAUUCGGAUAACGACCUGUUCACAUGGCUGUAUGCAACUGACACCGGUGCCUGGAUACAGUACGAUGCGGACAACUGCGCCCUGCUCGAGAGAGAAUACCUCUCGCAGGCGCCUGUCUGUCUACUGAGCGCUGGCAAAGCGGCACGCUUCAAGCUCAUGACAGCUCGUCGCAGGAACAAGGCUGGCGGUGGCCGUACGUUUGUGACGUUUGGCGCCAUGCAGGAGAUCAAUCCGGCCACGGGAAUGAGGAGGGAAGUCCGACGAGUGCUCCCUGGGCAAAUUUCAGCUUUGAAGCCACCAGCAGACGUGACGAAUGUUAGCGAUGUGCUCGGUGUGGCAACGAUGCGUAAUGCCGACACUCCUACGCCAGAUUGGGUGUCCGGUGAGAGUGACUCUGUCAAAGCAAUGCUAGAGGCAGUACGCAGUCGUCAGCUACCCCGGGACAGUAUACAGCUGCAUGACACCAUCGGACGGGGAGCUUUUGGAAGGGUAUCGCUGGCCACACUCACGACCGUAGAUUACCCUGAAGGUGUGGACGUUGCUGUCAAGACACUGCAAGCGGAUCGUCGUCAUGCUAUGCAGUCGCCUGAGGAUCAGGAGAAGAAGCUGCAUGAGGAGAUCUUGAAGGAGGCGUCCACCAUGAUCCGAUUUGAUCACCCGAACAUUGUACGCCUCAUCGGCAUCUGCUGCCUGAAAAUGCCCAUCAUGCUGGUAAUUGAGUACAUGAACGGUGGCGACUUGCUGCGCUUCCUACGAAAGCCGGAGACGCACCUGAACCUCGACGAGCAGCUCUCCAUCAUCCUGCAGGUUGCACAAGCUAUGGUCUACCUGGUGUCAGAGAAGCAAUUCGUACAUCGAGAUCUAGCGGCGCGCAACGUGCUCGUGCACAAGGAGCGAGACGGAACAGUGACGGCCAAGGUCACAGACUUUGGACUGUCAAGAGACAUGUACAGCAGUGAGGGAUAUCGCAUGUCCAUGGCAACGGAGAAACUGCAUGAAGUACGCCUGCCUGCUAAGUGGAUGGCUGUGGAGUCGCUAGAGUACUUCAUCUUCAACAGCGCAACGGACGUUUGGAGCUUUGGUGUGAUGACUUGGGAGGUGAUGACACAUGGACAGGUGCCCUACACCGGAGUGGAGGCGCCGCUCAUGUACCUAGAGUUAAUGCGUGGCCUCAAGCUGAGCAGACCCACGACUUGCCCGGAUGCCGUGUACAAGUUGAUCUUGGCUUGCUGCCAUCACACACCCAAGGAGCGGCCUGGCUUCGUUCGGCUCCGUGAUCAACUGACUGAUCUUCUGUGUGACGUCAAGCUGGCCGCAAAGGCCUCGGGAUCGCCGAAGACGUCACGGAGAAAUGACUGGGAGGAUGUGGCCUACAAAUCGCCCGAAGUGCGUGGGCAAAACAGCGGUCCGCCGCCCACCAAGCCACCUCGUCUUCCAGCUAAGCCCAGCCAGGAACCAUCAACUACGCCUCCAGCUCGCCCAUCAAAACCGCCUGCAUUGACCAUUCCUCAAGACGACGGACUAAAAUCACGGUCAACAUCGGCUAUUGCAUCACAGGGUGAGAGAGAUGACGUGCGCAUGCAGUCACCGCCCAGCUCUGCACCGCCGGUGCCUGCACGCGAUGAGAGCAAGCAACGACUGCUCGAGUGGGUGCAGAAGAGCUUGCACUCGGGACCACCGACACCGGGCCCAGCAGAAGCAGAGGAUGACACACCACCGGGGCGACCGACACCACCUCAAUCUGAUCCCAGCGAUGAAGAUGUCGAUGGUCAUAGCCCAGUGGCAAAAAGCAGCCCUAAGAGAGUGCAGGCGUUGUCCUCUGAUUCCGCAGGCACAUCUACCGUGGGCAAGGAAUGCAAGCGAGAAGAGGAAUCCUCCCCAUCGGAAUCUGCUUUGGAUCGGUCUCACGGUACUGGAGAGGCUGCUCGGCCGCAACCAGAGACCUCCAGCAGAGCGGAAUCCACGGCCGGCCUCAACAAAACUGGCGAGAGCCCGUCGAUGAAAGCACAACGGGAUAUCAAGAUGGCCGCUCAGAUGCCGUCGGCCUCGGCAACGGCCAGUCGUCGCCUCAAGUCCUCUCAGAUCCUGGAACGGAUGAAGAUGUUCGAAACAAGUGACGAUCAUGACGGCAAACCCACCGCGGUGUCCGCGAACAAGCCAGUCAUCAAAGCCAAGCCGCAGAAUGUCGUGUUGAAACCGGGCGUUGCUAGCACCCUUGGAGGUGUUGGAUCUAGUAGACACAGUCCUCAGCUAACAAGAUAUAGCCCAAGUACCAUGAGAACGGCCAACCAGACCAAGAAAAAUGAAACGUCAUCAGCUAAUCAAACAGCCCGACCACCCAUCACACGGCAAACUGACCAAAUCUCCAAUGCACCGUCCGCCGCCGCCACCACCACGUCUUCCGAGUCCGCUGCAAGUACCGAUGCUCCCGGGGCAAAACAGCCUUCGCCUCAGCGCAGCCCCGGGACAGGAGUGCGUGGUAGUGUGCCUGCAGGCCAUCGCUCCACACUACCCACCGGUGAGCAUAUCAAACUAGCCGGCCGCCGAACAACACUGUCCGCGUCUGCGAUCAGUGCGGAAACUAAUGUAUCUGACAAACCCACUUGCAAUGGCUACAUGGACGGGCAUACAGAGCGCGAGGAAGGCAAUGAAGCACCUACGCAGACGUCCACCGGAGAUGACACUGUUUGUCCCCGUCCGUUCCCGGAGAGUCGUCUUUCGUCCAGCUCUGAGGACAGCGACCAGUAUAUGGUGAUGAAGACAGGUGGCAAGUCCGAGUCGGACUCUCACAGCUUACCGCUACCGCGACACAGCUACGUCAAUGUACCGUCAUCGCCGCACCCACCGAACAGCAGCUACGCCCGCUCGGCCAGUCUGCCAGCGGAUGAGGACGGUUACGAGGUCAUGCGCAAAACGGGAAUGACGCCAGCGUCGGAUGAUGCCGAGUACUCCACCACGGCAGACAUUCGCAGUCUACGAAGCACGCCGGAUAUCCCUGGCACGUCAUCGCCUGCUUAUGCAGCAGAUGCUAUACAUCGCUCUACCUCUAGUCCAGUUGUGACAGGGGUAGGUGGAGGUGAAAGUGCUGCUGGCGCUAUUGAUGAAGAAGGCUAUGAGCUGAUGACGAAGCCGUUAGGAAUGGGCACUCCUGACGCAUUGCCGGACUGCCAGUAUGAAGAUGAAGGAUAUACGCUCGCCACAGAUAUAAUCAGUACGCGUAACACACCUGAAACAGUAUCAAUCAGCUCCGUGCCACGCGAGGCAAGUAUUGGCAAGGCCAGUCCGGAACUGGGAAAGAUGACGACGCUUGCUCGCAAGUCCUUCAGUCUCCUGACUGGCCUGGCACGGAUCAGAGACGUGCGCGAGUUGGAUCUGCUGAAGCUGGAUACACUGCGAGCACUGGCGUCUGAAGAAGGUGUAACGUUCAACCACUGGCAAACCGAGGAUCUUCUGAGAGGCAGACUGGCUGAACUCUGGCAUCAACAGCAUGGGAAAGAAGCCAGCAGCCGCGAUGGCAGUCCCCAGGCGGACAAAGACGACCCGGCACGGCCACCUGCGCCUCUUCCCGACGAGGCGCUAUCACCGCUCGACUUGAUUGUGAAACGCUCGCAGAGCGCUAGUGACGAUGCUGCUGCUGCCACCACUGAUGGCGGCAAACCCGGCAACAACAUGACAAAAUCACCCAGCUGCAAUUUCUCGGCAUCAGCUGCAUCGCUAGCAUCGAUAACGGAAUCAUCUGUAGAACCAGCAGCUGCAGCAUCACCGCAGCCACCGCUACAAGGUCAUGCUGAAAAAAGCCCCGUGAAGCAAGUUGCUAGCAAGCCACCGAGCGGGAAACCCACACCUCCGCCGCGACCGAAAUCAAUCAAACCGAGCGUUCCGCCGAGACCGUCGCCGUCCAAGCUGAAAGGAGGCAAGGAUUCACCCAGCACCACGGCCGCACGGGAGAAACGCUCCUGCUCCCACUCCAUAAUCAGAUGGGAGAGCGAAGACACGGCUCUGGUAAUGCCUAACGGAAUGCCUUCACAGCACCGCGCCAGUGUGGACUACAAAGGCUAUGUUGAGUCAGCAAACAUUGCCAGUGUACCCAGCAGGAAACUCACCAGUGGUAGCUCUCUGGAAAGCGCCGCCAACACACCAUCGGAGCAGGCACUCUCGUGUUCGACGUACCUGACCGUCAACGGCGGCGAGGAGCCGUGGGAGCGAUCCGACACCGAUGACGUCAUCCUGCGGCUGGAGGCCGACCUGCUCGCCAAGGCAACGGUCGGUGAGCUGCAGGCUGUGGCGCGGUGCGUGGCGUCCGACACGCCUGCCGUGUCUCCCGCCGCUCAGUCCAAGGACAGAGGGCAGCUCACUGCUCUGAUACGCUUUGGAGUACGCAGCCAAGAUGGAUCGGGUGGGAAGGUUGGCAUAGCUGGAGCAUUAAUGUCCGCCAAUCGUCUUCUAUUGCCGCCAGUGAUGGGCGGUGACUUCUUCGACCGCGUUGAACCACUGUCACCGAUUGAAGAGGACAUCGCUCAAAUGUACGAAGAAGGCUACUCCUUUGCAUCUGAUCUGGUGUACCGUGGUCCGCAAAGGCCUUCGGCACCUGGCAGUCCGUCAUCUCGAAGUGGCGCGCAGGGUGGUAAGCGGAAAGCGAGCAGCCCAGACUCGGUAUUCAAUGGGAAAUCCAACCUUGUAGAUACUGAUGUCCCGAGGUCACCGGGCAGAGCGGACUUUGCCAAGUCAUCGGCGCAUCCUCCUGUCCCGGUCCCACCCAGGCCCAAGUUUGGCAGGAAAUUAUCAGCUCCGCAGCUUCCCCGAAUGGCGCCGCCUGAAACAUCUACAUCACCGCCGACAUCGAAAACUCCAGAUAGGGGAAGGAAAGGACGCCUCGCGUCGGCGUAUCAUGAUGUCAUCCUGCCGGCCUUCUCGCCAGCCAAGGGCAAGUUUGCAACGCUGUUCAAGCGGAAGCAAUCGCAGGAGCCCAAAGACGAGAAGGAGACCGGUGGCCGUACACAGAGAUCUCGGUCCAUCACCGAACUCAGCAUGUUCUCGACCAAGAACAAGGCGAAUGCGCGGAGUAGUAAUGCCACACACGCUGCAGCAAGCUCAGCCUCCCGGUAUGUGGUGAAUAAGCGUGGCAGCAUGGACGACACAUUCCUGGACAGCAUGAAGGCCAGUGGUGGUGGUGCGGGUAGUGACCUUGAUCUCAAACUAGGACCGCACUCCGAUUACUACCUAAAGCCCAGUGAUGAGGGUGACCUGGAUAAUCACUAUGCCGAUGUAGACUACGCAGCGGCAAGUGCAUUGAAACACCAAGCUGCUGUGCCACCGCCCCUGGAGGCAAUCACCGGUGAGGGUGAAGAGCAGAUUGACCUGGACAAUGAGUAUAUGGCAAUGUCCAGCUUCAACCCGAACACUGGUGGUCCGCUCCACGAAAACGAGGAGGAGUACCUAGACAUGGCGUCGUUCACCGAGCGGCCAAACUUCCUGCAACCCGGGCAGUCCGGUAACCCUGGACCGCAAUCCUCUGCUCCCAUAUCCAUCCGGCCACAAACCAGCCAGGCCUCUGCUAUCUCUUCCGCCGAUCAAGCGCGAGUUGCCGCUAACAUGAGAUCACCUCCGAAGGUGCCCCCACCCAGCCUGCCCACCAGCCCGCCGUCUCAAUCUGCGCCGGCGACGACAUCCACCAUCGCACUGCCCCGACACACCAGCGACGAGGUGCUGGCCGUACCGAAGCUGGUGCCGGAGACGGAGGGAGACUUUGACGCCGCGUACAGCGUCAUGCCCGUGUCUCAAAUACCCACCGGUGCGGCGUACCAAGUCUCAGAACCCGUAUCGCCGCCGGGCGAGCCAACGCCGAAUUUCCAGCUGAAGAACGUGGCGUCACCGAGUGACAUUGAGAAACUGCCGACCAGCAGUAUCAAGUCUUUCCUGCGCGAGAACAGCAUCAAGUACAAGGACACCGCUAGCAGAGCUGAGCUCAUAGAGGAGGCUAAGGAACUCUGGGCUGACGAUGCCUACUUUCCCAUUGCUGACCUGGUGGUGCCCAAGCUGGAUAACCUACAGUCCGAGGCAGCAGUGAGAGCACUGUCCGUGCAGCAGAUGCAGAUGGUCCUGGAAUCACACGGUCACGACGGUGCGUCCGACAGCCGUGACGAGCGCAUUCUGGUGGAGUAUGUGGUGCAGCUGUGGCAGCAGCUGAUGGAGCCCAGCGAUCCAUCGCCGGAUGCUUGCCCCGACCUAUCCACUCUUCGCCCGUCCGACAUAGCUAACCUGGAUGAUGAGACGGCCGCGGCCAUCGCUUCUAACUAUCGCAUCUCGCUGAUCAGCGGGGAGAAGCCGCAGCAGAUCAAGGAGAAAGUCUGGAACCUGUGGGUGAAGAAGCAAGCAGCGCUCACUGGUUCUGCUCGUACACCGACCUAAGCCGUCCUGGUAGCGAAAUACAAUUUCACCCACCAGUGUUCCAGCGCUGUCCGCUGUCCGCUGUCCGCUGUGUUAGCUGUGUUAGCUGUGUCCCUGUACUGUAUGCUGUGUCUCAGUGCUAUACCACUGACGCUAUACACCGGCAUGAGUAGGUCUGUGCCAAGAUGUACUGUUCUGUGCCAGGAUACGCUGUCCUGUGCACUGUCACGUCGCUGCUCUCGCCACUGUGUCUGUAGCGGCAACGGCCGUGGUGUGUGAGUAUAGCACAGUGUAACAGCGUGCAUGCACUGCAGAGUCUAGCACUGCAGCUAGGGAGUACUGCGUUGCAGCGCUGCGGUAUAAGUGAGACGUGGAUACCAUCCAGACUGGACGGACACCAAGGAUACGCCUGCAACGUCUGGAAAUUUCCUUGCAUGCAUCUGUCUUCAUGGACAUGCAGCAUUCGGCUCCUGGCCGACUUUUGUAGAAGCAAAUGAACCCGUUCAACAUGACACAGCGACGAAAUGCAGCCGUACAGCAGAUACCUCCGAAGUACAUACAGGUGCAUACCUGCAUGGCGUGUUGUUCAUGCGUUGCCGUGCCUGGCCCCGUCACAGCCGCUGCACGUCAUUUUUUUCUUCUUCAGACAAUGGAACUGUGUCAGCUCAGCCCGCACACGUGAUAACAAUACUGUCAUUAUGAAUUUAUGAUACAUGUACAGUGCUACUACUGUAGAUAGUGUGUAGAUGUCUCUCAGUCUACAUUUGAUUAGACAGAAUGAUCCGCUGUAGGUAUACACAACACUAACGCCGCUUUCAGCAAUGUUUACCGAGCAUGACCUGAUUGAGAAACCAUUGAUAUCCACUUUUGUUGUUGACGGCCGGCAUCCCCGCUCAUUGUUCACGCCGGCAUGCUUCAUGUUGAGCAGCAGAAAUCUUCUUGAGAUGCUUGAUCCCGUCUUCUGCGCAUGCUUUGUAACAUCGACCACUGGGAGUAUUGUUUUCUUUUCACAGCUAACGUGCCUUCUGUUUUCACUUGCCGGAUACUCUGCAACCCAGACAACGCCGUGGCCUUGUCUGACCAGGUGCUGGGCGGUAAUUUCUUUUUGUUCUCGACAAGAUAUAAGUUAUUCAAUUGGCCAGCGUAAUACCAUUAGGUCUACCGUGCUCUGUCUAACAUACUGGCCUUCCAUUGAUCCAUCCGACUCCAUUCCAUU